AUGAAGGUAUCCUCGCUCAUUUGCGCUACCAUUGCGCUUCUUCAGGCCGCUGUCGAAGGCAAAGAUGUCGUCGUCGAGUCUCUACCAAAGGUCCCAAUGGGUUGGAGGAAGAUUAAGAACGCGGAUCCGAAUCAAGUAAUCAAGCUGCGGAUUGCUCUUGAACAGCCUAACCUAGGUCAGUUCGAGCAAACCCUCUACGACAUAUCUACUCCUCAACACCGUUUAUACGGGCAACAUCUAUCACGCGAUGAGGUAAAGGAGAUGAUGAAGCCAAGAGAGGAGUCGACUGCUGCUGUACUAGAAUGGCUCGAAAAAUCUGGAAUCCCCGCGUCGGAUGUCAAGAAUGACGGAGAAUGGGUCAAUUUCCAAACUACCGUGCUAAAGGCGGCGAGCUUGUUGAAUACCGAUUUCCAAGUGUAUAACCAUGUCGGAACAGAUGCACAGCGAAUUCGAACUCUGCAUUACUCCGUUCCCGAGGCAGUCCGGCCCCAUAUCACUAUGAUUCAACCGACGACUAGAUUUGGCCAGAUGAAACCGCAUGCCGUAGAGGUGUACGAGGUCAUCGAGCAGAAAGAAGCAACUGCUUUCUUCAAGGCCGCCGCGGAGAUCCCUACCCAGGAACUCAAUGCAACUUUCUGCAAUACCACCAUGACCCCUGAAUGCUUAAGGGCGCUUUACAACGUCGGUGACACGGCUGCGGAUCCUAGCGUCGCGACUAUCUUUGGUGUGAGCGGCUUCUUGGAGGAGUACGCGAAGCAUGAUGCGCUAGACAGCUUCCUCGAGCAAUACGCUCCCUAUGCUCUUGCUCAGAACUUCACCACGCUCUCUAUCAAUGGUGGUUUGGACAACCAGACUGACUCUGUCGAUGAUGAUGUCGAGGCCAACUUAGACAUGCAGUACGCGGCGUCGCUAGGGUUCAACACAGAUAUCCGAUACUACUCUAAUGGAGGCCGUGGACCUCUGGUUCCUGAUCUUGACCAACCGGAUCCGAAUACCGGAUCUAAUGAGCCAUACCUCGAGUACCUGACGUACCUCCUGGAUCUCCCAGACGAGGAGCUCCCGCAUACUCUAACCACCUCUUACGGUGAAGAUGAGCAGUCAGUACCCAAGACGUACGUCGAGAAGGUUUGCACCAUGUUCGGCCAGCUAGGAGCUCGUGGGGUGUCCGUGCUCUUCAGCUCUGGAGACACCGGUCCGGGUAGCGCCUGCCAGACAAACGACGGCAAGAAUACCACCCGCCUUCUCCCCAUCUUCCCCGCAGCCUGCCCGUACGUCACAGCUGUGGGCGGCACCGUCGGCGUCGAGCCCGAGCGAGCAGUAUCUUUUUCAUCUGGCGGCUUCUCCGACAUCUUCCCGCGUCCGGCUUACCAAAAAGCCGCCGUGGACGCGUACAUCAGCACUAUUGGCGCCACGUUCGAGGGCCUGUACAACCCGACCGGCCGCGGGUUCCCAGACGUCGCGGCCCAGGGGCGCAACUUCAACGUCAUCUCCCAAGGAUCUGUUAUCAAGGUCGGCGGAACAUCGGCGUCGGCGCCGACCUUCGCCGCCAUCGUCAGCUUGCUCAACAACGCGCGCAUCAAGAGCGGCCAGAAGCCCCUGGGCUUCUUGAACCCAUGGCUUUACACUGACGCUGUUGACGGUGGUCUCACAGACAUCGUGCUGGGUGGAAGCAAAGGCUGCACCGGAAGAGACAUCUACAGCGGCUUGCCGGCACCUUACGUUCCUGGCGCGGGGUGGAAUGCGACGGAAGGCUGGGAUCCCGUCACCGGGCUCGGAACCCCGUUAUUUGAUGUGUUGCUUGAAAAGAUUGCCCCGGGCGUCGAGAUGCCGAAGAUUACCUCGUGA